AUGCCCCAAGUUGCUAGACAACUGUCUAAGAAAAAUAAGAUUAUGAUUCAUACAGGGGAAAACCAUCACAUACACUCCUUACUCACUCUGUCUGACAAAACAGAAGUUGUAAAUUUGGCAGCAGAUAUACAAAACAAAAUAAAAGUGCAGAAAGAAAAAAAUAUUAACAAACGGAAGGAGAUGGAUGCACUGAAUGCACAGUUGUUUGACCAGGAAUCAAAGACUGAAGAUCAACAAAAUUUGGUUUAUAGGUUGAAGAGUCAGAUAUCAGAGUUACGACUCACAGAGAUUCAUCUUUCAGUCCAGGUGGAAAAUGAAACGAGGAAAAACAAACAACUUUAUAAUGAGCAGUCACAUUUGGAAGAAGAAAUGAAAAAGCUAGUUGAAAGAUUUGAAAGAGAGUCUGAGCUGGUGAAUGCCAAAAUUCACAAGGUUGAGGAAGAAGCCCAAAACAAUGAAGCACUGAAACUGAAGCUUGUUGAUGAAAACGCAGUUUUAAAUGAAAAGCUUAUAUCGGUGCAAGAAAAAGAAGACAUAACACUGUUGAGAAAAGAAGAAGUUAUGAAAGACCUACAGAUAUCAAAAUCACAUCUGGAAAGCAAGCUGGAACACAUGUCAAAGCUCAGAACAGAGAUCAGAGAAAUGAAAGAAAAAAUAGAAACACUCAAGGAAACCAGCCAGGUCAAUGCAGACAUGUAUUCAAAGCAGCUCGAGGACUACACAAAACGAUUUCAGCAAGAACAUGAAGAAAGUCAUUCUCUUCAGAGCAAAAAAGAUGAGAUAGGAAAGAGUCUUGAAGAUUGGAAACAAGUAGAGGCCAUAUACAUGAACGCCAAGAAUUCCAAAAUUGAAGCUAAUAGAAGAAAAUGUAAUGAACUAACUGAUGAGGCCAUUAGCCUUCAAAAUGAUACUAAUUAUCUAGAAGAACAAGUUAGUAUUUUAACUCAACAAGUGGACAAUGUGAACAAUGAAUAUGUAAUUGUUGAAACUACCCUGGUAACUGAAAUAAAUCAGCUAGAGACUGAGAUUGCUGACAUAAUGAGAAAGCUACAACAGGAUGAGGAGCAGCUACAGGCCACCCGCCCAGUCAUGGAUAAUGCAGAGAUUGGAUAUGAUAAAGAAAAGGCAACCUAUGAAGAAGUGAAGAAACAGACUGCAGAGCUGAAAAGGAAAAAAAUGUAUCUGGAAGCUUCCAUAAAAGAUAUAAAACAGAAUAAACAGAAGCUUUCUAAACCCAAGGUAAGAACUUUAAAGUUCUAG